AUGUUGAUAAGAGAAAUACAACCACCUUCUAGGACGUUGACGAAACAUCAAUUAUUACUCUUAACACCAUUCGGACAACCUAUUCCUUCUUAUCCAAAUCGACCAUCCUCAUCUUCUCAAUUAUAUCAUUCAUCUCAUCUUUCUGCCCCUCCUGGUUCAUCCCAUUCACCUGGAUUAUCUGAAUCAUCUGAAUCAGUUCAUCCUUCUCAUCUCCAUUUACCAACAACAGUUUUGAAUGCAUCACGAUCUUUGGGGGGAAGUCAAAUGAAAAGAGAUACGAAUCGAAAUUUCAUCGAUCCUACACUUAUACAAGUUCCGAGUUCAACAAUCUCCAAGAAAUUCCCAGAAACCUCUUCGAAAUUCAAUCAGCAAAUGUCUCGAACAUCAUCAAUGAGAAAGGGUCUAUCGACUUCAUCAGAAUACGAAGAACUUCAAUCUUUCCAGUUUACUCCGAUGGAAGAAGAGGAAGAUUCAUCAGAACAAGAGGGAAAACAACCUUCUCACAUUACUUCGAUGGACCAAAGGGACCAUAUGGGGAUAUCAUCUGGAUAUACCAUAACAGGAGAGAAGAUGGAAAUACACGAAGAAAUGGAAGAACCAGAUGAAAAAGAAACCACUACUGGAAAAAAGUAUAUGGCAGUACCUAUGAUGAGAUCUACAAGUUUACCUUUAUUAACAUUGGAAGAAAUGAACGUUUUGGAUCAAAAAGAUGGAGAAUUAGGUAUUGCCAGAGGAUCUGGUUGGGCUUGGGUAUCUGAUUUUGAAGUUGAUAAGUUUGAAAAGGGUUCUGACCAACUAUCUCCCUUCAAUCACAACAUUUCCACUUCUCAACCAAUAUUCAAAAACCCUUUCGAUCCAACUUCCCCACUUUCCCCAACUCUUCCAACUCUUUUCCCUCCUAAAUCAACAAUACAGGGAUAUCAUUAUCAUCCACCUACCACACGUAGACAAUCUGCUACUCCUCUUCCACCAUCUCAUCUUUCCCAAGUAGCACAAUCAGUUGCUAGACGUCCUUCUGCUCUCGUACCACGUUUACCGGCGACUUCGUUAUUAUCAGGUGGAAUGUUGAGUCGUAAUAUUUCCACUAUCCCAAUUGUUCCUACUGGUUCUGUCAUUUCUACAGGUUCCACUAUACCUACUAUUUUCCUCUCUACAUACCCGGAAGAAAAAUCCAACGUUGGGAUGAGACCAAGAUUAUUGAGAUAUAAAACUUCACCUGCUAGAGUACAUGGUAUGAAUGAGAAAAUCGCCGAAUCUCAGGAAACCACCUUGCCAAUAGAAAGUUCGUCUGGGUAUAUGAAAUUGGAAUCAAAAGUACGAUCCGAAGAGAGAGGUUUGACGUUGGAAUCACCUUCUGAUGUAAAAGGUGGAAAGUCAAACCGAUCAACCGAAGAAAAAGAUAUAAAGUUUAAAGUAUCUCCCGAUGAGAGAUUCAGUAGAUCUUCGAUCCAAAGAGGAGAAUGGACAUCAAUGGAAGUUUUAGAAUUUGACAGGUCAAAUUUCCAUUCUGAUUUAUCUCCUAGACCUUCGAUAACGGAACAAUCAGUCCCCACUUCCUCUGUAUGUGGAGGGAUUUCUGAAGAAGGGACGUCAAAUUGGUCAAAUACAUCACAUUCUUCACUUUGUCCUCAGGAUCUUAAUUGA